CGGCGGCGCAUCCAGGGGCGGCGCGGAGCGGAGCGGCUCGCACAGCCGCCAGUGCCUGCGAGCUCCAGGCUGCUUGGGGAAUUCACUUUGCCGCUUUUACGCUUCUCCCUCUUCGGGAUUCUUCUGCUGGCCUUCUGGCUCCGGCCCUCUCCUUUCCUUUACACGGAGAACUUCGCGGCGGUUUCUCUUUCCCCUUGGAGGAGAGGAUUAAAAGUUCCAAGAACUGGUGCCGCCCGUGCCGCUUGGGCGCUGGGACGGUGCUUGCCGGCGGGGUUCCAGUCCCACCAUGUGCACCAACAUAGUUUACGAGUGGCUGAAAGCGCUGCAGCUCCCGCAGUACGCGGAGUCCUUCGUGGAUAACGGCUACGAUGACCUGGAGGUGUGCAAACAGAUCGGGGACCCGGACCUGGACGCCAUCGGGGUGCUGGCGCCCGCGCACCGCCGCCGCAUCCUGGAGGCCGUGCGCCGGCUGCGGGAGCAGGAUGCCGCCGCCGCCGGCCUCUACUUCACGCUGGAGCCGCAGCCGCCGCCCGUGCCGCCCGCGGUGACCGUCCCCACCGGCCGCCGGGGGGAGCCGUGUGGCGGCCCGGCCUCGGGCACCCGCGGGGACCCCCGCAGCCAGACGACCGCCCCCCGCAGCAGGGAGCUGGUGAGCUACCCCAAGCUGAAGCUGAAGAUCAUGAUCAGGGAUAAGCUCGUCCGCGACGGCAUCCACCUGAGCAAGCCCCCGUACUCCCGCAAGCUCUCUGCGACUGCUCACAUCUUGAAACUCUCCAUUGACCCAACUGCGGAAAUCCUGUUUGUCUGCCUCCUGCUUUCUCCCCCAAAGAACAAUAAAUAAACAAGCAAGUAAGUCCCCAUGGCCGGCAUCCUAGAGUACUUAAUGAAUUGGCCGAAGUCAUCACAGAACCGCUAGAUAUCAUUUUUGAGAACUCGUGGAGGACUGAUGAGGUGCCUGAAGACUGGAAAAGGGCAUAUUUAGAACCUUCUUUCAAAAAAGGGACAUGGAUGAUGACCCUGGAAAUACUCAUCAGCUUAACUUUUUGCUUGGAAAAAUUCUGGAAUAAUCAACUUAGUAUACUGGGUAACUAACUUACAACAGCUAGAAAUAAGGCAGUGAAACAUCACAUAAAGAAGAACUGAGUUCAGUUUGGAGAUAAGGUCUUGUGCAUACUUUGGGAACUCUCCUGUCCGUUCUCCGAAUUCUUGGGGGGAAAUAAAUAAGGUUGGCUGAGGCAUUUGGGUGAUAACUGAUUGUAAGUGUAAUAUAAGACACAGAGCAGGUUUAUGGCAUUAGCUCGCCAUUACGUCGUUUCCACAUUAGCCUUUAACUUGAGAAUUAGGAGGUUUCAUUUUAUAUUUUAACAUACAUCUUCUUCUCGCUUCAUAUAGGACCAUGUUUUCGUGGGUUGAGAUAUUUUUUUUUAUAGAAUUCAAUAUAGAAUAGUUUGGUGAUGGAAUUCUUAUUUUAAGGUGCUUUUUAUAGUCAUUUCAUAUAUAGGUAGAAUCAUAAAGCUGAUGAAUUAAGGAACAUCACCCAGGGAAGACCAAUUUUUCUAACUUCUCGUUUUAAAUUUAACCUGGCUGAAGUUUAGACCAGUAACAGUGUCUUGCCCUCCCAGAAGCCCGGCUAGAGCCAGCUCUGUAACUUGAUAGCUAGUUUCCCUCACUCCCUGGGGGCUGCCAGGGCCAGUGUUGUGUCCAAUCCCACCUCACUCCCCAAGUUUCUGAUGUCAGGCCUGUGGGGGGCAGGGAGGUAGACCUAACCACUGGCCGCAUAACCACAGCCAGAAAGGAGAGUAGAAGGAAGUAGGGGAAGGAAAUGAAGACAAAUCUGGAAUAUUCCUGAUUCUUACUCUUCUUGCCUUUGGAUGUCAGUAGUUUUAUUUCCUGCUUAGAAAACACAGCCAUGUUGAUGGGAUCAAAAAUAAUUGAAAGGAAGUUAUCAAAGAAGACACAGAUACACAGCAGGCUCCCAGGGCAGGCAGCUUCUGAGAGCCCCUGAGCAGUCCUGCAUUACAGAAUCUUUCCCACACUACUUGGAAAUAGACACGAUAUGUAAGUUUACGUAGCAUUGUGAUUCUUAAGAGUAGGAGACUCUCAAAGGAAAAGCAAUUAGCAUUCAUUUUCUUCCUGGUGCAUACUGGUCCCUAGGUGAGCAGUUAAGGUCUCCAAGGGCAUUUUUAUCACAGUACUGCUUUAAAAAUCUAAGGUUUACCUAGUUUAUCUACUUCUAGAGAUUAAUUUAGACACUGUAAAAUCAGUCUCAAAUGCAACGCAAGGAGAUUAAGCUCAAAAGCAUGUAUAAAUUGUCCUUUAAACUCUAUGUUGCUUGCAGAUAAGUAAGGAUCAUAUUCCAGUCAACCUUUUCGUCAUUUUUUCUAAGGGAACCAGAGUCUUUAAAAUUUCCAAGCUAGAUUUUGUUUUGUUUUGUUUUGUUCUUAAGGAGUGGGAGGUCUGUAUAGAUUACAGAUAUAAUUUAUUGUGAUAACAAAUGGCUUCCUCUUCACGACCUCGUUUCCAGGUGCAGCGUCGGUGGUAGAUUUAUUUCACAGAUGUGCAUUUACAAGCAUUUUUUGAACUGUUGCUAGAAAGGACCCAAUUCCUGAAAACUCUGCUCACCAUGGGCGUUAUGAUACAAUCUAUGGCAACCGGAAAAAAAAAAAAAAAGUCGGGGGGGGGGGGGACUCUGGUCAUUUAAAGUUUUAUUUUCUGUUUGUGUUAUGUCUAACUUCGGUUAUCUUGCUACAUUUAAAUCUCUUUGUGUCUGCUGUUGGAAUUUGAAAAUAGUGAUUCUCUACCUAAAUUAAGAGUCACAAUCUAGAAUAUGGUUAACUAGACAAUGGACUUGUAAGACUUCUUACCUAAAGCCAGAGGAAGAAAACUUUAAGUAGGGAAAUAUUAAAGGCAGCUCAUUAAUUCUUUUGCAUUAAAUGAAGAUCAGGUAAGCGUUAAAACAUAAGAGAAAGGAAGGAGUCUUACCAUGAAUUAUACCUGGAGAUAAUUACUCUUAGGAUGAAUAAUUAUUUCGUAGCAUUUUCUCUUUUAUCUAACAUUUAUGAUAUCUUUAAUAUUUUAAGAUUAGGUAAGUAAGGGACAGAUAUGUUAACAGAACUAGAGGAGUACCUUGAUUUGUAUUUCCUAGAACAUCAAAAGAUAUUAGUUAGAGACUUUUCUUUCAUAAUAUUGAGGAUAUUAUGAAUUUGGAGGAUUAUAGCAAAAUUCCUGUUCAGUUCAUCUUACAACAAAAUUUUGUGGGGUGAGGAAUCAGCCUUUUCUUGACUUAGGUAAUGCAUAAUGUGAAGGGCUCCCUCCCACUACAAGAAUUUAAGCAAAUUAGAACAGCUGUACUCAAGCAGUUUCUUAGUCCAGAGAAGUUUACAGCAUCUUGUGUUGUGAAAUCAACAACAAAAACAUUAAGCCUUGAGUUUUUACUUUGGAGCUCCUUGGCUCUUAGUUCAAAUUUUGGAAUCAUGCCGAUUGCCUUUUCAGGUGGUGAAUCAAUUUAGAACAUAAACUAUAGUGUAGCGUGGGGAAUGGUCUUGAACGAUUAUUGAACUAAUCAACCGCUUUUUAUCCUUGUCCAUAAAAUAGGAAAAAUAAAUACCUUCCAUAAUUCCUAAGAGGCUUAUUAGCAUUCUGCACCAAACAUCUACAGAGUUCCAGGCCCAGUGCUUGCCAAAUAGGUACUGAGUGCCUUCCUCUCUUCCAUUUUUUACUCUGUUAUUUCCUCUUAUAUGAAAGAAAUUACCUUAAAACUGACUAGAAAACUCCAGCAUAAAUUGACAUGUCCUUAUUACUGCCUUAGACCCACUGAACAAGGCCCCUUUGCUUUCUUUUAGAAAGGAUAGAAAGGUUACACUGGCCACUCACAGUAGGAAUUCAGUAAAUGUUUAUUGAUGGAAUGAAAAGAAUGUGAUUUUUUAAAAACAGAGCAAAUGUGUAAGGCCAGCACUUUUCAAGGCUGAGGAAAUAGUCCCAUAGACACAUAGGAAGGUAUUUCUUCAACUUUCUUCUUUUUUUACAGCUUUAGAUUUAUAAAUUUGGUGUGUAGGUUAGUGAGUAGUGUAUCUGAUUUUGUGACUGUGGUUUACAAAUUAGGAGUACAAAUGGGCAUUUCCCUGUAGAUUCUUUUGGGAUAAAUCCAGCAAGGUACCAGGCAGAUGAUGGCAGAUCAACAAACUUUUCUAUGUGAGGAGAAACCAGAUGUACCAGUGACUAGGAAGCACCCGCCAGAAAACUGAGCUGAGCCUAUCUGGAUUAUUCUCUGGAAAGAGUCUGACUGCUGCAAACAGGUUCCUUGCCUGGGCAUUGAGAAUAACAAAAAGAGAGGUUAAAGAAAAUUAUAUUUUUAGACAAAAUAUUUGGUUUAUAUAAAUUCUUACAUGUAAUAUUAAAUUAGGUAUCAAAACAUCAGGGUCAGGCAGGUAGAAGGUUUCUGAAUUUCAAAGUAAAAUAGGGAAUAAACAAUAGAAUAUUAUAUCCAGAGACAUAUACAGGAAAUGAGCAAGAGCCUGACCUUAAAUUGCCAGUUCUCUGUUCAGACCAGGGGCCGAGUAAUAGGCAAUGCUUAGAAGUCAGUUGACAACUUGUGCUUUGACCGAAGCAUCUUUAAUAAUAGAUGCUGUAUUAAACAAAGUAAGUAGUAUAGCACAGAGCCAAUCAAAUCAGCUAGGUUUUCUCUUCCUGAAGUUUCUAGAUUCUUCGCAGUCUCAGUGGUCAUCGGUUAGAGAUUCCUACAUCAGAUGUUUUACACUAUCAGAUUCUUUGAUUAGAAAAUUGUCGUUAACAUCAUAUUAUUAGCCUCUAGGAUAUAAAAUCAAAUUUCUAUUCCGUGAUCACUGUGACAGAUAUUUCCAUGAAAGGUACACAUAAAAAACAAAACAAAACGGUACUAGUCAGAAAAAUGAAUAAUAUAAAUUUUUAUUUUUAAUUAUCAACUUUGAUGGUUUUCUUUCAAUUUUUUAAAUUCCUGGAAAUGAAGUUUUAUUUUUUAUUGUCGUUGUUGUUAAAAGAUAACUUUUAGACGAAAAUGGGAGGUUAAAUUCCACAUUAGGAGCUGGUGGUUUUUUUUGUUUUUUUGGGUUUUUUUUUUUUUUGACAAUUUGACCAAAAUUUCUUUCACUGAUACAAAAGGAAGGACAUCCACUUGUCAACAUUAAGAUGAGAAGUGUCUUCUAUAGAUGUAUUCUGUAUCAUGCCCUUUGUCAGAUGAAUUUCUCUUUAUUAUUCCAACAAUAAAAUGCUGACUUGAACAUCUUCAGGGCAAAGUGGUGUGUUAAUUGGGGCAAAUGGUAGAAAUUCUAUUGCAGUUGUUGCCCUGGUCUCUAAGACUGACAAUAUUCUGAGAUACUUUUUGGGUUACUACAGCCAUUAUUCAUUGAGAAGUUCUGCCCAUCCAGAAAUGCGUGCCUAGGUCCAAAUAAUCCACAUGUGUGCAUCUACAUAGCUGAGCACAGAUUCAUUCUAAAUAAAAGCUGCAGUUUGGUUUUUGCAAAUGUAAUUGCAACUGACACCUUUUUUCCCCUUUCAUUAAUUGUCUUUAAAACGGAUUAUAUGAGAAGGCUCUAUUAAAAGCUUAAUUGGAACAGCAUCAUGAACCGUGGAUUGUGUGCCCGUGCAGCGCUGUGAUUUGCAAACAUAUGUCCGCUCUUCAAUAAAUGUUAUGGCUUUCA